ACCAUCCCACCACCACGUAUGACCACCACCGACGUCUGCAACCACCACCGCAGGAUGUAUAACCAUCUUUAUCAUAUCUAUCUCUCUCUCUCUUGCCACAAUCCGUGAAGAACGAAGUUUUCCGAUGAAAAUCCCCAACCCUAGAUCCUAACGCGCCAUUACCACCACCAUUAACGCCACCACUGCACAACACCACCACCCUUCCAUUUAUAACUAUUAAGAUCUCUGUUACAGAUCUGAGCAUCGUUUCCGUUUCCUGCUGCAAAGCAAAGAAGCGAGUAUUCACAAAGCAAAGCAAAGCAAACCCAUUCCAACUUUCUCACAAUACCCAACUAAUUUCAUCUCCGAUUUCAUCACACAAACAAAGAUUCUUCAAUUGGUUCUUGCGAUCUUGUUAAUGUGGGUUCUUUCAAGAUUUCCAAUUGGGUAUUUCUGGGUUCUUGUAAGCUCCAACUUUUUAUAUAAUGCCAGCAUUGAAUCAAGAAGAUAGGAGUAGUCAAAGAUGUGAUUUGGGGGAUGAUAAGAAAAGGGUUAGGGUUAGAUCUUUGAAGAAAAAAGCAAUGGGUGGGAUGCCAAACGCGGUGAAAACGCCAAGUAAUAAGCGGGUUUCCAAUUGUCGAUUUGCUUCUGUUUCAAUUGAUGAUGUUAGAGAUGACGAGGAAGAGAAAGUAGUGAAUGCUUUUCGUGAAAUCUUGAUCGAGAAAGACUUGCUUCCUGAUGCUCAUGAUGAUUAUCACACCUUGUUGAGAUUCUUGAAGGCUAGGAAAUUUGAUAUUGAUAAGGCCGUCCAAAUGUGGGUAGACAUGCUCAACUGGAGGAAAGACUAUGGUGCUGAUUCCAUCUUAAAGGAUUUUGUAUAUGAUGAAUAUGAAGAGGUUCAAAGCUACUAUCCUCAUGGCUAUCAUGGCGUGGACAAAGAGGGACGGCCUGUUUAUUUUGAACGAUUAGGAAAAGUGGACCCCAGUAAGCUUAUGAAUGUCACCACAGUUGACAGGUUUCUAAGAUACCACGUACAAGGUUUCGAGAAAGCGUUUUCUGAAAAAUUCCCAGCAUGUUCCGUUGCAGCUAGAAGACAUAUAGAUUCCUGCACCACCAUAUUGGACGUUCACGGAAUGAACUGGAUGAGUUUUGGUAAAGUUGCACAUGAUUUGUUAAUGCGCAUGCAGAAAAUAGACGGAGAUAACUAUCCUGAGACUCUACAUCAGAUGUUCAUUGUCAAUGCUGGUAACGGAUUCAAAUUAGUAUGGAAUACGGUGAAAGGAUUUCUUGAUCCAAGAACAACCUCAAAGAUACAUGUUCUUGGCAACAAGUAUCAGAGCAAACUGUUGGAAGUUAUCGAUUCAAGCCAAUUACCGGAUUUUCUUGGCGGAAGUUGUUCAUGUCCUAAUGAAGGUGGAUGCUUGAGGUCAGACAAGGGUCCUUGGCAUGAUCUAGAAUUAAUGAAGCUAAUCAAUACGGAAAAUACAGAGAAAAAUGGUAGCUUUUAUGAUGAUUCUAAUUUACAAGUCAAGUCAAUUGUUUCUCAGAGUAUAAGCCGUAAAAUAUCUGGGGAUCUAGCGGGCUUUCAAACUCAUGUUCCAAGAAGAUCAAUGUCUCUCAAUCUUAGGAGUUCGGUCAACAUACCUGUUUCUAACGAAACAAGAGUUGAACAAGUGGUUUCCAGUUCUCAGAUUGAUGUUACUCCCAGAAAUGAUUUUACAAUAUCAAGAAUGACGAUGGAAGAAUCCACUGUGAAUAAAGUUUUUGGCUUUCCGUACAAAGUUUUAACCUACAUAUUUCUUAUUUCUUUUGGGUUGGUGAAUUUUUUGACAAGAAACAUUAUCAAGUCAUUUAGCAACGAGAAAAACAUACAACGGUUUGUGAAUGCUUCCAGUCCCCCCGUAGAAAAAGAUAAAGAUAUUUUGCACCCGUGUGAGGAGAAGUUAAAACAAUUAGAAGCAAUGGUGGCUGAGCUUUCAAGUAAGCCGUCAAGAAUUCCACAAGAAAAAGAGGAAAUGCUCGCUGAAUCCAUGAAUCGUAUAAGAUCAAUGGAGUAUGAUUUGCAAAAGACUAAAAAAGCAUUAUUUGCUACGGCUUCAAAACAAAUGGAACUCGAGGAGUCAAUAGAGACCCUAAGAGGGGAUGCUAUUAAUAGAACAAACUCGUGUUGGGUGAGACGGACCAAAUCAUCCUCAAGUGGAAGAUGGCAAUGAACGUCGGAAGUUUAGUCGGUUGACCUCAAAAAGUCAACUUCGCUUCAGACAAAGAUUCUCGUUUCGGGCAUAUGAUUUCUCAUUCAAAACUCGAGGUUUCUGAGUAAUAUACAACACAACAAUUACACACAUGCAGAAAAAAAUAUAAUUUCUUCGUUCUUUCCCCGCUCGGGUUGAUAAUUAAAGGCGUUUGAAUUAAUUAAACAACAUGCAUACUUGUUAAUAGAUGGUUUACAUAGAAUGAGAUAAUUCGCCCAGAAAAACACGUUUGACGGGAAUAGGUCAGCGGUUUUUGCGUAAACAAGUACUUUUUAUUUUUGUUUCAUGUGUAGUUCCGAGAACUUUAUGACUCAUAAUGAUUUGAUUCACGGUUGAAUCGAAAUUUGAGCAAUAAGAGCAUAUACGUGUUGACUUCUUA